AUGAGCGCGAAAGGAGUCACAGAUAAACGCGCCAAAAAGGUGCGUCAUUUGGAUUCGAAUGAUGCGCCUUCAUUAUCGCAAUCAAUAAUCGAUAAACGUCUAAAUAUUAUACCAGCCGGGCGACAGUUAGAUCGAACCCCUCCACCCAGAAGUGAAAUAACCACAAUAUGCCAGUCAAACACACCAGACGAUACUCCAGGAUCAGAACAAGCCGUCAAAGAUGAGCCAUGUGCCCAGGAAAUUUCUAAACGCGUUUCUUGCAAUGGAUCAAAUGAAGUUCUCGAACACACUAAAGUUAAAGAUGAGAGGAAGUCUAUCAGGAGAUCUAGUUGUACAGUUGCAUCAGCAACACCUGGGAAAACAAACCCAGAAAUGUUCAUCCAGGGAAUGCAGGGUUACAAGUGGACAGAGACGGACCUGGAGUUUGUAUAUCAAAGCAAAUGGAAGAAGCAAGUUCAGCAGCUCCAGCAAGAGAUAAGUGAUGUGCAGAAAUUUCUGAAGAGCACAAAACAAAUGAGGGACAUGGCCCUUGCUGCACAUGAAAAACAACAAACGGAGCUCUCGAAGGUUUCAUCAUGUGAACGCAUACACCAAAUGUCCAGGGAAAUACUUCUUAAAUCCCAGAGCUCUAGUCAGUUGGAAGGGCUUGAUUCUAAAGCUCUUCUCGCAAGACUAAAAGUUACUGAUGUGCAGUGUGCUACAACUGAGGAGAAGACAGAGGUCAGCAAACUCAAGACAAAGAUAGCAAAAGCACAAGAAAUGAGAGAAAAGGAGGAGCAACUCAUGAAGGACAUUGAUAGCUGUAAGGUGAACAUCGACCAGAUCAAGGUUAACAUACAUAUAUUGACAGCAGACAUGUCUGCACUGAAAUCCCAGGUGUUGCAUAAUAAGGGUGCUCCACAGUCAGCUAAACCGCAACAAAGAAUCAGAGGCCGUAAACCACCUGCUGCUGUUUCUGCACCAAAACCCUCCAAACCAACCCAUGUCUCAAAGACCCCAGAAGCCCCCACUGUCCCAACACCGUCCAAACCCACCACUACUCCUAAGCCCCGUACUGCCCCAAAACCGUCAAAGCCCACCACUAAUCCAAAGCCCACAAAAGCUCCUGCUGCCCCAAAACCAUCCAAGCCCACCACUACGCCAGAGCCCCCUAUUGCCCCAAAAACAUCCAAGCCCACUACUACCCCAAAGCCCCCUGCUGCCCCAAAACAUCCAAGCCCACCAUUACCCCAAAGCCCCCAAAAGCCCCUACUGCCCCAAAACCAUCCAAGCCCACUACUACCACAAAGCCCCUCAAAGCCCCCACUGCCUCAAAGCCAUCCAAACCCACCACUAUUACAAAUGCCCCUACUGCCCCAAAACCCUCGAAAUUUCCUACUGCUCCCAAGCCCUCCAAACCCAAGACUGCCCCCAAACCUGUGGAGGGUGAUGGAGAUCUCCGCCGCUCUAAAAGGAUUGCUGCUAAAAAAAACAAGUGAAGAAUCUGCUCAGAAAAUACAGUGA